CCCACGCUUCCCUCUUUGCCCUUUUAACGAGCUUCGUCGCCCUCGCUCGAUCAGAAUCGGAGAAGGGCGGAGGGAUGGCGGGAUCGGAUCUGUGAGAUCGGAGAAGAUGGUGGUAGCUGAGUUUUGGUCCGACGAGGAGCGGAAAAUGGCGAUCGCGGUGCUCGGCCGGGAGGCGUUCGAGUACAUCUGCGCUCGACGUGUGGCUUCCUUCGACGGGCAACUCACCGCCGUCGGCGUCGGCGGCGCGGAUCUACAGACCAAGCUCCAGGACCUCGUCGAGAGACCGCCUUCGGCUGGUGGCGGCUGGGCCUACGCCAUAUUCUGGCAGAUAGCGCGGUCUGCUUCCGGGGAUCUCGUCCUCGGUUGGGGAGACGGCCACUGCCGCGAGCUGGGCGACGGAGAGGAUGCCGGCGGCGACCCGGUAGAUGGAGGAAGACAGAAGAUGCGGAAGCGGGUUCUAGAGUGGCUCCACUUGCUAUCCGGCGGCUCCGACGACGAGAACUGCGCGCUGAGGCUCGACCGCAUCACCGGCGCGGAGAUGUACUUCCUGGCUUCGAUGUAUUUCUCGUUCCCAAAAGGGGUGGACGCGGCUGGGAAAGCGCUUGCCUCGGGUAAGCAUAUCUGGAUAUCCGAGGCGGAGCUCGCAUCGCCGGUGGUUGGCAGCAUGCGGGCGUUUCUUGCGAGGUCGGCAGGGUUCCGAACCACCGUCUUCGUUCCGCUCGACGCCUCCGUGCUUGAGUUGGGAUCUCUGGAUGCCGUGCCGGAGAGCUUCGAGGUGUUGCGCUCGAUUAGAUCCGCUUUCGGCCUGGAGAACCCCACCAGUGGCCAUAUCGCGAAGCAUCCCAGGAUUUUUGGAAAUGAUUUGUACCCUGACGUCGAUCGUGUCAAUGGUAACGCUGCUUCGUCGGCGAAGACGCAAAAGAGGCCGUCGGAGAUGAUUAAGAAACCAGGAGAUCACCGACUAAGGAACCCAAUCGGCAUUGGCGGAACUCUGCUGCAGUGGAAUCACAAUCUGAGCAAGUGCGACCCGGUGAGCCCUGUACAGCCUCAGCAGCUUCACCGGCCACCGCCGCAAUCCUUCGUGCCGCCGUCGGGGCAAAUCGAUUUUGGUGCCGUCGGAGGAAACCCUGCUUCCGCCAGCCUUCGGGAAUUAGCAAUGGAUGCAGAUCUGUCCGACGUAGAAGGCCCGAGCAAGGAGCAAGCGGAGACUACAGCGACUGCAGAGGUGAGGCGGCCGCGGAAGAGGGGGCGGAAGCCGGCAAACGGCCGGGAUGAGCCGCUGAACCACGUGGAGGCGGAGAGGCAACGGAGGGAGAAGCUGAACCAGAAAUUCUACGCCCUGCGCGCGGUGGUGCCCAACAUCUCCAAAAUGGACAAGGCCUCCCUUCUGGGCGACGCCAUCGCCUACAUCACGGAGCUUCAGCAGAAGCUGAAGGAGAUGGAAGCGGAGCGGGAAGCCUGGGAUGGAACAACCUCUACGGACCACCGGAGGCCCAAUCAGAUCGAGGUGGAGACGGCGGAGGGGGAGGUGGUCGUCCGGGUGAGCUGCCCGCUGGAGGGGCACCCGCUCUCCAAAGUCAUCCGAGCUCUGAGGACCUCGCAGAGCGAUGUGGUGGACACCAAGGUGGACGCAAACAGUGACAGCGUAUUGCACACGUUCAUCGUCCGAUCGCCGGAGCAGGAGGAUCAAGAAGCUUCUUUAGGAGAAAAGAUCUUCUGACGAUCAAUCAUUUAUCCACUGUACUCAAUACGUCAUCUUCGUAGGUCUCAGACAGGAUCAGAGUUGAUUUGAUAUAGGCUUCAGGGGAGGGUCUGUAACAGCUAAGGUUGGUGUGGGUUGUUAUGGUAGAUGGUAUAUGUGAACAACUAGGACUAUUAUAAGCUGCCAUCUUUAUUGUCACUUUCUUUUAGUUAA